UGUUAAAAUCGGGUGAGAUAUUUACGCUUUACAGUUUGUCAUCGAGUCAGUCGGUCGUGAGACACUGGUGCGAGUGGGUCGUUUUAAAAGAAAUCAAAAAAGGGAUUGCGACAAAGAAUACCAAGCGGAGUGUGUAGAACAAAAAAGAAAAAAUAUUUUUUGGCAACAAAAAAAUUCCUACAAUUGCCCAUCAAGGAAUAAAAAAAUACACAAGCAUUCGCACACGCACGCCCAGCAGAAGAGAGGGAGAGAGGAGCACCAUACCCCAAAAAGUUACGUCAAGCCUUCGCAUCGUUAAAUAAAAGAAAAAGUUCAAAAUGCUAUUCGGAGCAGCCCAAUCGGCCUUUAAAACUUUGCGCCAAACCACACCACGUGUUCGUGUGUACUUGUACAACAAAAAUGCCUACUCCACUCAGGUUGAAUACAAACCCAUUCGCUCCGUGUUGGUGGCCAACCGUGGUGAAAUUGCCAUUCGUGUUUUCCGUGCCUGUACUGAAUUGGGCAUUAAAUCUGUAGCUAUCUACUCGGAGCAGGACAAGAUGCACAUGCAUCGCCAAAAAGCCGACGAAUCCUAUUUGGUUGGCAAGGGCUUGCCCCCCGUAGAAGCCUACUUAAACAUUCCAGAAAUCAUUCGUGUUUGCAAAGAAAACGAUGUGGAUGCUGUGCAUCCUGGUUAUGGUUUCCUUUCGGAACGCAGUGACUUCGCCCAGGCCGUCAUCGAUGCUGGUCUUCGCUUCAUUGGUCCCUCACCAAAAGUUGUCCAACAGAUGGGUGACAAAGUUGCCGCUCGUAUUGCUGCCAUCGAAGCUGGUGUACCAAUUGUUCCCGGUACUGAUGGUCCUGUGACCACAAAGGAAGAAGCAUUGGAAUUCUGUAAGAAACAUGGCCUGCCAGUGAUUUUCAAAGCUGCCUACGGUGGUGGCGGCCGCGGUAUGCGUGUCGUGCGUAAAAUGGAUGAAGUCGAAGAAAUGUUUAUGAGAGCCAGUUCAGAAGCUAAGGCUGCCUUCGGUAAUGGUGCCAUGUUCAUUGAAAAGUUCAUUGAACGUCCCCGCCACAUUGAAGUACAAUUGUUGGGAGACAAGGCUGGAAAUGUAGUACAUUUGUACGAACGUGACUGCUCUGUGCAACGUCGUCACCAGAAAGUCGUUGAAAUUGCGCCUGCUCCCCGUUUACCCCAGGAAGUACGUGAUAAGAUGACAGAAGCUGCUGUUCGUUUGGCCCAACAUGUGGGUUAUGAAAAUGCCGGUACUGUUGAAUUUUUGUGCGACGAAAGUGGCAAUUUCUAUUUCAUUGAAGUCAAUGCCCGUUUGCAAGUCGAGCACACUGUGACAGAAGAAAUCACCGGUAUCGAUUUGGUGCAAUCUCAAAUCCGUGUGGCCGAAGGCAUGACCUUGCCUGAAUUGGGUUACACCCAGGACAAAAUCAAGCCUCGUGGUUAUGCCAUCCAAUGCCGUGUUACCACUGAAGAUCCCGCCAAUGAUUUCCAACCCAGCACUGGUCGUUUGGAAGUUUUCCGUUCUGGUGAAGGUAUGGGCAUUCGUUUGGACAGUGCCUCUGCAUUUGCCGGUGCAAUUAUUUCGCCAUACUACGAUUCCCUACUAGUCAAAAUUAUCUCACAUGCCAGUGACUUACAAAGUUCCGCCUCGAAAAUGAACCGUGCCCUACGUGAAUUCCGUAUACGUGGCGUCAAGACCAACAUACCAUUCUUGUUGAACGUUUUGGAGAAUCAGAAGUUCUUGCACGGUGUUUUGGACACCUACUUUAUCGACGAACAUCCUCAGUUAUUCAAAUUCCGUGUAUCACAAAAUCGUGCUCAAAAGUUAUUGAAUUAUUUGGGUGAGGUUUUGGUGAACGGACCACAAACGCCAUUGGCUACCGGUUUGAAGCCAGCCGAAGUGAAGCCACAUAUACCAUCAGUGCCUUUAGAUUUAUCACCCGAGGCUAUUGAACGUGAAACACGUGGUGAAGCUAAAGUUACCGAACCUCCAAAGGGUUUGCGUCACAUCUUAACUACUCAAGGACCUGAAGCCUUUGCCAAAGAAGUUCGUUCACGCAAAAAUCUCAUGUUGAUGGACACCACAUUCAGAGACGCCCAUCAAUCGUUGUUGGCUACCCGUGUACGUUCUCACGAUUUGUUGAACAUCUCGCCAUAUGUUGCCAACAAAUUCCACGAUUUGUAUUCCUUGGAAAAUUGGGGCGGUGCUACCUUCGACGUUGCCUUGCGUUUCCUUCACGAAUGUCCAUGGGAACGUUUGGAAGCCAUGCGUAAUUUGAUACCCAAUAUUCCAUUCCAAAUGUUGUUGAGAGGUGCCAAUGCUGUUGGUUACACCAACUAUCCUGACAAUGUUGUCUUCAAAUUCUGUGAAUUGGCUGUUCAAACUGGUAUGGAUAUCUUCCGUGUCUUCGAUUCAUUGAACUACUUGCCCAACUUGAUUUUGGGUAUGGAAGCUGCUGGUAAGGCCGGUGGUGUAGUUGAAGCCGCCAUUUCGUAUACCGGUGAUGUCAGCGAUCCCAAACGCUCCAAAUACGACCUCAAAUACUACACCAAUUUGGCUGAUGAAUUGGUCAAGGCUGGUACACAUGUAUUGUGUAUUAAGGAUAUGGCCGGUCUAUUGAAACCCCAGGCUUCCAAAUUGUUGAUUUCUGCCAUUCGUGACAAACACCCCGAUGUUCCAAUUCACAUCCACACCCAUGACACAUCUGGUGCUGGUGUUGCCUCUAUGCUGGCUUGUGCUGAAGCUGGAGCUGAUGUUGUCGAUGUCGCCGUCGAUUCCAUGUCUGGCAUGACCUCCCAACCUUCAAUGGGUGCCAUUGUUGCCUCUCUGCAAGGAACUCCAUUGGAUACCAAAUUCGAGUUGAGCGAUGUAUCAGAAUACUCCGCCUACUGGGAACAAACUCGUACCCUCUACGCACCAUUCGAAUGCACAACGACCAUGAAAUCUGGCAACGCCGAUGUGUACAUGAACGAAAUUCCUGGUGGUCAAUACACCAACUUACAGUUCCAAGCUUUCUCAUUGGGUUUGGGCGAUUUCUUCGAGGACGUCAAGAAGGCCUACAGAGAAGCCAAUCUGUUGUUGGGUGAUAUCAUUAAGGUCACUCCCUCUUCUAAGGUUGUGGGUGAUUUGGCUCAAUUUAUGGUGCAAAAUAAGUUGACAGCCGACGAAGUUUUGGAAAAGGCCGAAGAAUUGUCAUUCCCCAAGUCGGUCGUUGAAUUCCUUCAGGGUUCGAUAGGUAUACCUCAUGGUGGCUUCCCAGAGCCUUUGCGCUCUCGUGUUCUCAAGGAUAUGCCACGCAUUGAGGGCCGCCCCGGAGAGAAUUUAGCACCCUUGGACUUUGACAAAUUGAAGAAGGACCUUAAAGAAAGCCAUCCUCACGUUAGCGAACGCGAUGUCAUGUCCGCAGCUUUAUAUCCCGCUGUUACCGAAGAAUAUUUGCACUUCCGCGAAUCAUAUGGCCCAGUAGACAAAUUGGACACACGUAUUUUCCUCACUGGACCAAAGGUUGGCGAAGAAUUUGAAGUUAAUCUCGAAAAGGGCAAGACAAUCAGUUUGAAGACCUUGGCUAUGGCCGAAGACUUGACUGCCAAUGGCGAACGUGAAGUAUUCUUCGAAAUGAACGGUCAAUUGCGUUCCGUAUUGAUCCGCGACAAGGAAGCUGCCAAGGAAUUGCACAUUCACCCCAAGGCCUCAAAGAGUAACAAGAAUGAAGUUGGUGCCCCCAUGCCCGGUACAGUAAUUGAUGUCCGCGUCAAGGAAGGUGACAAAGUGGAAAAGGGUCAACCCUUGGUAGUUUUGUCUGCCAUGAAAAUGGAAAUGGUUGUCCAAGCUCCCAAGGCUGGUGUUGUUAAGAAAUUGGAAAUUACCAACGGCAUGAAACUGGAGGGCGAUGACUUGUUGAUGACCGUUGAGUAGACUGGUCCCAAUUAUCAGCCCCUCAUACUCCUCUCUCUAUCUCUCUCUUAGAAAUAGUUUUAUAUACGCUAAACGCUAAACAACAACAACAACUACCCUCACCUAUACAUAUAUACAAGUAGAAGAAAAUAAUUGUGAGCAUUAUUUUAGAAAUCUUUACAAUCGACUUGAAAAGAACAAACAUUUCUCUAUAGAGAAUCCAAGUGUUCAAACCAGUGAUAGUUGUUACAAAGCCAACCAUUCGAAAAGUUCAAAAAGAAACAAAGCGACGAAACAUCAAUUGUAAUACAUAAUAUACACGUACAUAUUUAUAUAUUUAAGCUAAAACGAUAGUACUACCAAUCUGUGUAACCCAAUGCAUAUUCAUGUUCAAACGUUUGCUGUGUUACUUUAUCACCCUUUUUAUGUUGUAUGGCUAAUCGAUUGUCCCUCACUCCUUACUUGUCUCUUAGCGGAAAGCGCACAAAACGCAGUUUGUAAGUUUGUAAUUAUAUUAAUUAUUAUUAUUACUUAUAUUAUUUUUUUAUGAUUUGUUUUCUUUGUAAUUGAUUUGUUAUCCUUGCUGUUAAGAUUUGUAGAAAAUAUUAAAAAUAUUCAUUUCGAUUCCUCUUUUUAUAGCUAUUGAUUUAAUGUAUGUAUGUUUUUAUUUUUGUACCAUUUUCAAUGUCAUACCACAAACCCCAGUUGUUAGAUUCGUUACAGCCAUGUUUUCCUUUUGUGAAAAAUCCCAUUAAACAUAACCGUUAAAAUUUGAAAAUAAAUAUAAAGACAAAUAAAUAAGAAAAAAA